CAAUUCCUCCGCGAAUCGGACAUCACGUUCGUUUGCGUUUAGUAAGUGAGAAGGACUGGAUCUCUGUAUAUGUACACAGACUCAAUGAAAAGUCAGGUUUGUGUGGUGUCAGGUCUGGUUUAUCAGGACUGCGCCAGUAUCAACUUCUUUCAUCAGUGAAACGGGAAGUCGCGUGAUUAUUAAUGACUUCUGGUGGAAGAAGCCUCUGAUUCGAGCAUACGGUGGAUUUUCAUGUGUUUCACGGGCGAUUUUGAAAUUGUUCUUUGCCACAAAUCGGACCGUGUUAUGUUAUACGGAUAAAGGCAGCGCUGCAUUUCCAUGAGAUACGGACAGUCCGAAGAGAGAUCCACGCUUUCAUCACUGAACCUCCGCGAAGAUGUUGAUUCGCACGUCUUGUGGUGAUUUCAGUAGUGAAGAUGUGAGGAUAUGUGUAUCAGAAGGCAGCAGCGGUGUAUUGUGAAAUGCAUUUCCAUCUUUCACACAGCACCGGAGCGCAACAUGUAUUUCCUGCGUGAAUCCUGUGUCAUGCACGGGGAGGAAAAUGCGUUUUAACAGAUUGUAUCAGGCCACGAUACGCUCUCCGAUCACGAUCGCGUCUGUCCUCUCGAUUUAAGCUGCCAUUCGGGUUUUAUUUUGCUUAUCACAGCGUGUCAUGCUGAUCUGGGGCGAAACAUCUCGUUCAAUGGUCGCCUCGCUUCCUUCCUGAAUCCUGAUGUUCUUCAUCCAUGCGAGGAUUCACCAUGGAAACCCACCGUGAGCGCUGGUGGACACCGGGACUGGACCCGAGACUGGGAACAGAGAGGCUGGCGGAUGUGUAAACCGCUCCCAUAUCCUUUUUGUCACCUUCAUGUCAACUUGCUGCAGACCUCCGAAAAGCAAAGGCGUGCAGCUUCGGGAAGCGCAUCCCAAGUGCCAAAGCCACGAACAUGCAUGCAAGAUCUGAUUCGGUGUCUAAACAUGCCAGGCGUGACAAUCAGGUGGCCGCUUCGGAUCUGAUCUCAGGUUUGGACAUUGGUGAACACCAAUUUUUAUAGCAUCUUAUACAAUCCAGCACCCCUAGAAUGCCUCGGAACCGCACCUUUUCCGAGCCUGAGUACUCUGCGGAGUAUUCGGCGGACUGUUCGGUCACCCUGCCCUCUGACCCCGGGCAGGCGGUGGGACGCACCCACGAGGUGACCGUGCGCAGCUCGGGCUGCUGCCUGUGUCUGCCGCGGUUCAUGCGUCUGACCUUCGUGCCGGACUCUCUGGAGAACCUCUACCAGACCUACUUCCGCCGGCAGCGGCACGAGACCCUGCUGGUGCUGGUGGUGUUCGCGGCCCUCUUCGACUGCUACAUCAUCGUGAUGUGUGCUGUGCUCUACACCGGCGAUAAGCUGGCGUCUGUGGCCGUGGCGUCGGUGGGGCUGGCGGCGGACGUCCUGCUGUACCUGCUGUGCCGGUUCGGUCUGCUCCCGGACCGUGUGACACGCCGCCUGGUGCCCUACGCCUUAUGGGUGCUCAUAGCAGCCCAGAUCUUCUGUUACUUAGGACUGAACUUCGCCCGCUUCCAUCAGCCCAGCGACACGGUGGGCUGGCAGGCAUUUUUUAGCUUUUCCUUCUUUCUGACGCUGCCGCUGCGGCUGACCCCUAUAGUGCUGAUCACGGCCGUGUCCUGCGGCGUGCACACGCUCGUCCUGGGCGUCACUAUUGCCCAGCAGCAGCAGGAGGACAUUCAGGGGGCGGCUCUUGGGAGACAGUUGCUGGCCAACAUUGUGAUCUACUUCUGUGCCAUCACUGUGGGCGUCAUGUCGUAUUACAUGGCCGACCGCAAACACCGCAAGGCCUUUCUGGAGGCACGGCAGUCGCUGGAGGUGAAGCUCAACAUGGAGGAGCAAAGUCAGCAGCAGGAGCGUCUCCUGCUGUCCAUCUUACCCAAGCACAUCGCAGACGAGAUGCUUCAGGACAUGAAGAAAGAAGCCAGUCAGAAAGAGAUGCAGCAGUUCAACACCAUGUACAUGUACCGGCACGAGAACGUCAGUAUUCUGUUCGCAGACAUCGUGGGCUUCACUCAGCUGUCCUCGUCCUGUAGCGCGCACGAGCUGGUGAAGCUGCUGAACGAAUUGUUCGCCCGCUUCGACAAGCUCGCAGCUAAAUACCACCAGCUGAGGAUCAAGAUCCUGGGCGACUGCUAUUACUGUAUCUGUGGCCUUCCAGAUUACCGCGAUGACCAUGCGGCCUGCUCCAUCAUGAUGGGCUUGACCAACACUUACCCAAUCAGAUACGUUCGAGAGAAGACGCAGACGGAUGUGGACAUGCGUGUCGGCGUGCAUUCUGGGACGGUUUUGGGUGGCGUGCUCGGACAGAAGCGCUGGCAGUACGACGUGUGGUCGACUGAUGUGACGGUGGCCAACAAGAUGGAGGCAGGAGGGAUACCAGGGCGAGUGCACAUCUCCCAGAAUACCCUGGAGUGUCUGCAUGGAGAGUUUGAUGUGGAGCCGGGGAACGGAGGAGACCGCUGCGAGUACCUGAAGGAAAGAGGCAUUGAGACGUAUUUGGUGGUGGUGCCCAAGGGACGCGUGGGUAAAAACGGCAUCAACGGAGUACUUUCAGUGACGUCGUCUAAUGGGAAUUCUCCAUUGCUGAUCAACACUACGGAGUGUAAUGGGAGCGUCCACACGGCCUGCACCACACCGGAGGAGCCGGAGGAGCUGGACACACGCGUGGUGAACCCCUCGUUUCCAAACCCUCGGCGUCGGUUGCGUCUGCGUGAUCUGGCAGAGAGAGUCAUCGACGCUCAGGAGAACGAACAGGAGCUCAACAAGCUCCUCAAUGAAGCUCUGCUGGAGAGAGAGACAGUACAGGCGCUGAAAGGGAAGCACACUAAUGUUCUGUCUCUGCGCUUUACUGAUCCGGAGCUGGAGACGCGCUUCUCGGUGGAGAAGGAGAAGCAGAGCGGAGCGGCGUUCAGCUGCUCUUGUGUGGUGCUGCUCUUCACCGCCGUCAUGGAGGCUCUCAUUGACCCCAGGUUGGUUGCAAACUAUGUGACUCUGGCCGUAGGUGAAGUCUUGCUUCUCAUUCUUACUGUCUGUUCGCUGGCAGCCAUUUUUCCUCGGGUAUUUCCAAAGAGAUUGGUGUCGUUCUCCACUUGGAUUGAUCACACGCGCUGGGCUCGCAACACUUGGGCCAUGGCGGCCAUCUUUAUACUCACAAUGGCAGACAUAGUAGAUAUGUUGAGCUGUCGUCCACCGGAGUCCUCCACAAACGAGGCGACUGCGGUCACUCCGGUCACUCCGGCCGCCCGCGGCUGUUGGGAGAACCCUAAAUAUUACAGCUACAUCUCUGUACUCGCGCUGAUCGCCACCACCAUGCUGGUGCAGGUCAGUCACAUGGUCAAGCUCACCCUCAUGCUGCUGAUCACCGGAGCUACAGGUGUGGUCAACAUCUACAGCUGGAGGGACAUCUUUGACCUGUACGAUCUGACGCACUUUAAGGAGUACAGAGUUCAUCUUGUUCCCUCCAAAUACUCCAUGAGUGUGAUGAUCUUCAUCAUGAUGGUCAGCUUCUACUACUUCUCCCGACAUGUGGAGAAGCUGGCACGCACACUGUUCCUGUGGAAGAUUGAAGUGCAUGAGCAGAAGGAGAAGGUGUACGAGAUGCGGCGCUGGAACGAGGCUCUGGUCACUAAUAUGCUUCCGGAGCACGUCGCCCGGCAUUUUCUAGGCUCCAAGAAGAGAGAUGAGGAGCUCUACAGCCAGUCCUACGAUGAGAUCGGAGUCAUGUUCGCCUCCAUCCCAAACUUCUCUGAUUUCUAUACGGAGGAAAGCAUCAACAACGGCGGGAUUGAGUGUCUGAGGUUCCUCAAUGAAAUCAUUUCCGAUUUUGAUAGCCUUUUAGACGAACCGCAGUUUCGCUGUAUAACUAAGAUCAAGACUAUUGGCAGCACGUAUAUGGCAGCAUCAGGAGUCUCUUCAGACAAUAACACGAACGGUUAUGCCUGUAUGAAGAAAGAAGAGAUUUCGGAGCGGGAACGCUGGCAGCACUUGGCAGAUCUUGCUGAUUUUGCUCUGGCCAUGAAAGUCACGUUGAUGAACAUCAACUACCAGUCCUUCAAUAACUUCAUGCUCCGCAUCGGGUUGAAUAAAGGGGGUGUUUUGGCUGGUGUGAUCGGGGCCCGUAAACCUCAUUUUGACAUCUGGGGAAACACUGUGAAUGUGGCCAGUCGCAUGGAGUCCACAGGGGUGAUGGGGAACAUCCAGGUGGUGGAGGACUGCUACUGCAUCCUGAAGGAAUACAGCUUCCGCUUCGUCAGGAGAGGACCUAUAUUCGUCAAGGGCAAAGGAGAGCUGCUCACCUACUUCCUAAAGGGACGUGAAAAACAAGGCUCCUUCAUUAACGGCUCUUUUGUCACGCUGCCGCACCAAGUGGUGGACAGCUCCUGACCGACACGCGCACACACGGUCCUACACAGAACUCCUGCUCGCGCACACCUCACCUCAUACCUCUUCUGCAGAGUACAGUGCUCCAGUAAUUAGUACUUUCAAAUGUGUUUUCUCUAUUUAUUAGGCUGAGGGAAGAAACGUUGAGAGAGACUUUCUGUUUAUAUAAGAGAAGUACUAUAUAAUCUACAUUUGGAAGUGUGCACAGAGAUGAGUGAAUGAAAUGAAACAAGUGAUUUUGUUAGGAUGCUGAAGUGAUAAACAGGAUGUUUUUAAACUCAGACCACAACGAAUACAUUGAACUCUACUGUAUAUUACGCACUGCGCUGCUCAAAGAAACUGAUGAAUUACCUAUUUUUGUUUUUCUUUCAUUUAAUUAUUUAAUCCUUUAUUUAAAGAUCACACUGAAAGUUCCAGAUAUAUCUGAAUGUUGUUUGCGAUUGAAAAGCUUCUCCGAAUGCCUGUGUAGGAAAGCAUACUGACUGCCUUUGCCUCUUCUGUAAGUGUGUGUGAGUGUGUGUGUGUGUGUGUAUUUCUAAAGUCUAUAGUCACAUUUUCUCUUUUGAAUUUAAUCAUUUAUAAUGGAUGUACAUGAGGGUUUGAAAGUCUGAGACCACAUUAAAUCAUGGGUUUUAAUCAUAGACUGUAUAAAAACAUGGACAUAGUCUCCGUGACAUCACCCAUAGUUUUCUGAACAGUGUUUUUGAAGCUCAAAGUGGGCGGGGCCGG